AUGGCUAUAUCAGCGACUUCAUACGAGAUUAUACUUCCAGAUUCCCGACAGUUUGUCAUCGUGAACGCGCAACCAGGUGAACGUGUAGAUAACCUACUGAUUAUCAAUCCCUCUCCGACUCAAGUUGCAAUGAUUCAAUGCUACGAAGACAUCCAAUCCGUGUUGUUCGAUGAUGGUGGGCCUGCUUAUACAACUCAUUUGAUGAAACUCGAAAUGAAUAAAGGAUUAGUAACCAGUCUUAUAUCCUUGGAUGGAUCUGAAGUGGUGGAUCAUGAAACGUAUGUGAUGAUUACUAGUAACAUAAUGAAGUAUCAUGAGUCUCUUCAUGCCGAUGACUUGUCCGAGGAAACAACGGAUCAGGAGAAAGAAGAAGAAGAAGAGGACAUUUGUGCGAUUUGUCUGCAAGAAUUCGAGGUGGGUGAGACGUGUGUGGCACUCGAAUGCAACCACGGAUAUCAUCAAGAAUGCAUUGAGAAAUGGUUGCAGCAGAAGAACAAUUGUCCGAUUUGUAGGGCUAAAUUGUCGGCAUUACAAGGCUAUCGAAAAAGAACCCAGCCCAUUGGAGUUGAUUCGAUCACAACGGUGAAGGUGGGGUUUGAGAUGCAAGUUGGGGUUGAGGAGCUCGGAGAUGGUACUGGAAAGACUGUGAAGGUGGUGCACAGGAAAGGUGGGGGUUGA